UGGGGGUGCCCAUGGACUGCUUUCUCAGGCCGCCCUUUUUCCUGAAGAGGAGCAGGUUUAGUUCUGAGUGAGCCCUUCUGUGUCAGGACGGACCUUGCGAAGCUCUCCCUGUAACUUUAAUCGGGGAAGGUUAAUCUGAUCAGUGAGUGUUUGCAAAGAGCUUUAAGGAUGGGAAGUGCCGUGUGAGUGCUGACUGCUACGAUCGCGGUAGAUAAGCUUUAUCAGCACUCUGCAGGAUGAGUAAGAAUCCUUUUCCCAUUCGACUUGGAGAUGUUUCUGGAGAGGAGAAGAAAAAUAUUUCAGGGGGAAAAAACCCAACCAAAGCAACCAGGUUUCCUGCUGGCUUAGCAGCCUCUGCCUCCUGGCGGGCGCUGUGCGGGACCGGGCUGCGCUGGGCUUUGGACCGCGCCGAUGGGGCCGGGGUGAGCCCGCGACGGCUCUCCAGCGUGUGCUGCUUGCAGGAGCUCUGCUGGAAAGCUUGCAGGCGCUGCUGGCUCUCGAGGGAUGUCCGGCUGGCAGGAGGCUUGGCAGGUAACGUGGAGUCCCUCAAUCUUCUUAUUCGUCAGUGACGAAAAGACUUGGGAGAGGUGUUAGAAACGCGGGCUCUGUACAAGGUGCUCUGGUGCCAAGGGGACGAGUUGGUUUUGUUGUGCUGUUACUUGCACAUGUCUGACAGUGCUCCCGCGUGGGGCUUUCCAGCAGACAGUAAGGGACUCUCAGCCUGAGCUGCGUUGCUCUUUCAGUCCGUCUUGGACUGCUCUGUCUCGGUGAGGUACUUCUGGCCGAUGCUGAUGCUGGGCAGAAAAGAAGCUCUGCGUGCUGCAGUUGGGCAGGACUGCCUCCUAGCACGGCUCUCCUAGUUCCUGCCUUCGGUUCCCCGAUAGGUUUCCUGAUUUCCAUCCAGCUGUUUGACGGUUUUCCCUUAAGCAAGCCAGAGACAUGUUUGCUUAGACAAGUCCAAGUCUAGCAGUGCUCUGCUGCAUCCCCAGAGCUCCCCGGAGCUCGGCGCGUCGCUGGCGCCUUGUCUGGGGCAGCCCAGCUCAGUGUGCGAGCUGCGAAGACCUGGGCUCACGGCGUGGUGACCUGGGCUGGUGUUAGUCCCACCUGGAAGAUGGUCAGAUACGCUUCAGGCAAGUUACUCGUACCAGCUAGAGACCAGCUUUCAGCUCCUGCACCUUUCUGUUACCUCACUUGAGAAAUUUCCGCUGCAGGUCAGGUGCGGGUGGUUUUUCUUAUUUUUAUUUUAGGCUGGGGGUUGUUGUUGCAGCAUUUGAUACACAAAAUGCAGACUCAGGAACUGAACAGAAUCCCAUCUUUUAUGGGAAGGGAAAUCCUCCUGGGAGGAGCAGCCAGAGCCCGUGAUUAAUUUCUAGAGCGUGCGUGCACGCCGUGUGUCGGGAGGGAGCGGAGCUGCUUCCCUCGUCCUGCUGCUGCCGCCAUCCUCGGAGGGAACACCAGUACCUGGUGAGGCUUAUAGAGGUGGGAUCUGAAACCUGAUUUCUGACAGAAAAGAGCCAAGCUUGAGCGACCUAGCAGGCUCUGUCAGGUUUGUGCCAGCUCCUCCGUCCCCUCCGGCUGAAUCUCUUCCUCUGAAGCUGUCCCCAGCGUGUGGAGCCUGCCCCACACCCGCCACCUGCCAAACCACGGCCUUUACCUGUGUCUUCCGGUGUUUCCCGUGCGACCCGUCCUGCGGCAGCGCCUCCUGGGCCACCCCGGAGUUCACGCAGCGCUCGGUGGCUCCAAUGGUGAAGAUGACAAGGUCCAAGACUUUCCAGGCGUAUCUGCCUUCGUGCCACAGGACCUACAGCUGCAUUCACUGCAGGGCUCAUCUGGCUAACCACGAUGAACUCAUUUCCAAGUCCUUCCAAGGAAGCCAAGGACGAGCGUACCUCUUCAAUUCAGUAGUUAACGUGGGCUGUGGCCCCGCAGAGGAGCGGGUGUUAUUAACAGGAUUACAUGCGGUUGCAGACAUUUACUGUGAAAACUGCAAAACCACACUGGGUUGGAAAUAUGAACACGCUUUUGAAAGCAGCCAGAAGUAUAAAGAAGGCAAAUACAUCAUUGAACUAGCUCACAUGAUCAAGGAUAACGGCUGGGAUUGAGUGGGAAGAGCCCAGCCCUACCAGCGUGUAAGAGAAUGCCAUCCAACCGAACAUUAUAUCCAAGAGUGAGAGAGUGACUGAACGCUUGGUUCCAUGCAUUUAGAGGCUCUGCAAUCUGGGAGCAUCUUCACACCCUUCUCCAUCUUUAUUGGUGACUGGCCUCUAAAUUUCUGUCUCUCUGUCUCUUUGCUUUGUAUCUGUUUGUGAGUUGACCCUGGCUGCUUCUCUCUCUGUUCUGGCGUUGGCUAAGAGAAUGCACCGAAUGCCCGACAGCCAUUCCAUGUUGACGAAUGCUUACGUACAAACUGAAGCUGGCUCUGUGGUGGCAAGCUAGCAGCAGGUCUCGGUGCGGGAGGAAGACCUGAGUUUUGGGCAGGAGAAAGUGAUAGGGGGUGGGGAGUGGGCCCACAGGGAAGUCAUCGGAAGUGAAGCUGUAACUUCUCCUUUAAGUCCUGGUUAACCAAGGCUUGAAACUAUCUACUUGUCUAAAUGGACAGAAAAAUACCUCACGGCUGCGUUCUCUCCGAAUCGUAAAACCGCUGCUCCGCCGAGGGAGCUUUGGUCUAAGCCGGCUGAGCACAAGUCCUGACCAGUUCCCCUCUGCAGGCUAGUUGUGGAUCUGUGUUUUGUUUGCUGUUCAUGAACUUGUUGUGGGGGGGAGGAAGGCUGGAGAGAUUCCCCGCCUCUCCUUUUCCUCUGUUGCAGAGGAGGUAGGCCGAACACCCCAACAGAGCACGGCUGUGGGAGCACCCUCACAGCUGGAGAAACCAAAUCCUGACUCUUGAGCCCUUCAGAGAGGAGGAGAAAACCACUUAAGGCAUAGGGAGGCUGGAACUGCAGCUUAGAAGAUACAACAAAAGAAAAAAGGCGCAUGCUAGGCAAGAAAGAAGAAAUUAGGUAGGGGAGGAUGAGGGCAAACGUAGUAACACAGGGUACCCCUUGACUUCUGAGCCUCUGCUGAACCUCCUCGGAGGUCUUUUACCAGUGGUUCACAAACGCAAGUAGGAAAAUGCUGCUAUGAGUAUCUUCUUCUUAAAUCCCAGGCCCCAGCCAUCGGCUCUGCUCUUGGAGCCUGUCAGAGAAAUGAUGUGAGAGUGGAGAGAGGAGGGAGCAGAGGACCCCGACAGUUGUAGCAGUAUUGCACAGGUGGAUAUUUCAAGCCAUGAGGUAUCCCCCCCGAACCUUCCCCCCUUUUCCCACUCCCAGAAGCCUGUUGGAGGUACAGGGGAGAUGGGAAAGAAAAAAGAAAUUAAAUAUCUGCCCCAUGCCCCUGGAGUUGUUUGUGCUGUGGAGUUUAAAAGGGAGGGGUGGAUGUGGACAUGGUAACUGCAAGGGACGAGCCCUUCCUGUUUUAAUUUUUUCCUAUUAAUUAGUGUGGACCUUCCCGAGGUGGCUGGUGGGGAAGGAGCAUCGUGUGCGAGAGGGGAGCUGCGUUAGGCAUAAAAGACAAUGUGAAGUUUGCUUUGCAACAGUCCAGCCAGUAUCUGGUGCAUAACUCAAGACUAUUUAACUGAAUUAGUUUUAUCUUUCUGAGUGAAUUUCCUUUUUGUUUGUGGAAUUCUUUCAAGUAGGUUAAUCCACUGGGGGGAAAUCUUUCUUAAUCCAGAAGGAAAGAGUAUUGUGCAGGGGUUUGUAACUCCUUACGAAACCGAAGCUUUGACAUUGUAAUCUCCUGUCUCUUGCCCCCACCCCCAAGAUCUCUGAGCCGGGGAUCAGGGCGGAGGGGCUGGCCACAAAAUAAUUUGCUGUUAAACGAAGGGGAUGUAAGCAGAGAUGCUGCUUCGGAUCGGGAUAGACUUCACACGUUGGAUCCUUGUGCUGAAGCCCAAACCCGAUGGCCCAUCGAAGCAGAGGCUGUUUUUUCUCUUGAACCACUACUCCUGUGGCAGCCCGUUGUUACACCUCGCAGAGGGAAGGGAGCAGAGGCUAUCUGUGGCUCCUGCAGUGAGUGGAAGUAGCUCGUUUUGUGGGCCUUUGCCCUUUCUGUUGCAGCUGUGUAGCUUCAGCUUUCAUUUCAGGUUGUCUGCUUCCAUCAUCCACAUUCCUGUAAGUGACAAAAAUCUUGUAAAAAUCAAAAACUGUGCAGUGCCCACUAACUUGUUGACACUGGCACUGGCCUGGUCCCAUUUUCCUGUCCUUUGGUGAUUGAUCCAGGGCAACGUACUGGGUUUUGGCUAGUGCGAAGUAAUGUGUAUUCUUUGAAGAGCUCUUAGUUCCCCCAGACACACAGUAUUUAAAGGGAUCUGUUUGUACCUGGGAGAAGUAAGAAAUAACCCCAAAUGGUUAAUACGAGAUUGAAAAAAGACCAUGCCCCAGCUCUUGAUUUUAUGUUGAUAAAAACAUAAAAUAAAAACAUAAAAAUAAAACCAUGUAGGCGAUAGUGAUCACCUAUAGAAAGGAUACCAGAUACAAACGUUUUUGUCCUUAUAUUUGGGACAAGAAAGGAUGAUGUUAAAUCAGAUCAGGCUGUUUUUAACUGUUCACAGGGGUUACACUUUAAAUGGCAACCAAUCUAAGCUUGAAUAUGGCAAGAUCUUAAUCUGCUUUUAAUUGGCUUUGUCUCAUCAGCAUCCACAGAUUUACAGUUGCUGAGAAUCUGGCCUCAAGUCCUGAUGUGAAAAAACGUGUGUGCCUGUGAGUGCACACCGCACAGAGUUAUCUCUAGACUGACUUUUCAGGGAGAUAAGAAAAAACUGGCCUGCGAGGCUCGUUUGAGGCUUGUUCUCUGCUGAGCGUCCACCAGCUAUGAAGUCCUUCCUGGGCUGCUAAUCCCCUGCGACGUGCUGUGGUAGACACAAGACGAUGCAGGGCGCUGGUGACCAGCGGGACGAUGAGGUCUGUGUGCUGGUGGGUGUCACAGCACAGCCUAAAUCGAUGACUUGUAGAGCAACGUGUUCAGAGCAUAACCAAAGACCCUCGCUGUCUGCAUCCCCCAGUGUGUGAGCCAGCUGUAGCCAGGUCGUUCCCAUCUGGGGAGAUCAAGGUGGGACUUUUGUCUCCGAGCCGGAGAUGUGGCCCGCAGAAGUCGCCUCCUCGGGCACCGAGCGCUGGCGGUGCUGCUCCGUGGGGCUCAGAAAACACCCGGAGCAGCCACUUCUGCCCCUCUCCUUGUGGCAGCCUCGUCUCUGGCAAGCUGCGAGCGCCCUCGAGUUUACAUCACCCCAGGCUACCCCAAAGCUCAGACUUCAGUCAGUUUUAAAUUUCUUGUGCUCUGGUGGAUUAUCUGGUGUGAAAUCCUGGUCCCUGUAAUAAAUAUUCAGAUGAUAAUAUAUACAAAGCUGAAAAAAAAAAAAAGAAAAAAAAAAACACAUUAUCUUGUGAAAUAUACUUUUGUAAAUAAUAUUUAAUUUUUUAAAAAAAUAAUAUAUUUGGUGCUGUUUUCUCAGAGCCCCUCCCUGCGAGCACUUUUUUCGUUCUUUAUAGAUGAUACUGUUUCCUUCUGUAUUUGUUGGGAAAUAUGUCGAAAGGGAAACAAAAAUCACGGUAGAUGUCCUCUUGAGUCUAUCCAGUUUCCCUCUGGACGUGGCAGGAGAGCAGAGUCCCUCCGGCCUCCGUCCAGCCCGGGCUCGGCUCCUGCACAGGCAGCACUGUCCGUGCUGGCGCUGACACAGGCAGGAUGGGGCCUGGCUCCUGGCACCAGAGUCCGGAGUCGCUUGUGUGCUGAAAUACCUUCCUGUCAAUGUCGCAGAUCUCCCCUUGCACCAGUAUUGGCUGGAGUGAAGUAGAUCCCGAGGCUUUAGAAAACAGGAGUGAAUACAAGCUGCAGCCUCCGAAUCGCUGCUUCCACUCGCUUGGAGGCGGCAGGGACGGAGGGUGGAGAUUUCUGAUGAGUCGUUGUUUUUAAACUAAAACAUGAAGUCUUUGGACAUGGAUCCUGGUUUUCUUUGGGGUUCUUUGUUUGUGUGUUUGUUUGUUUUUAAACCAGGCUGCUACAAAACAAAUCAGAGUAAAAAGUUUACCUCUCUGGCAGUAAAGUUCUUUUUUGUUGUUGUUGUUUUCCUUUCUGUCUUUAACCUACCCCCUGCUCCCCACUCUUCGUUUUUAAUUCAUUGGGUCUCUUGUUUGUCCUGAAGUGGACCAACAGCACAAACCACUGGACUGUGUUUUGCUGAGCAAGGAGCUGUUUUCAGUGCUGAAUAACUGUUGCACGCUCUCUGAUUCUCUGGUUUUGGUGCACACGAUUUAAAAAUAUACAGAAAAAAAACAACCUACAAUUGAAAUUUGUUGUUCUUGUGAUGAUCAUGUGAGAAUUCUCUCUGUAUGCAUUUUUCUAACUGGUAUGUGAGUGUAUUAAUCAUGCAUUUCACUGCACUUCCUUGUUUUGGGAGGAGCAUCAUGCUUCAGUGUGAACCAGUUUUUGGGUGACCAGAUGACACCAGGCAGCGGGGGGGCAAGCAGAUGUGCAAGAACCGGAGCUCAGCGCAGUGGGAAGGAGCUCUUCUCACCAGGUGAGAGGCCUCAGAAGUUAAAUGCUCAGAAACAAUAACGUUAGGCAUAGGUUUGGAAGAAUCAUGUUCAAAAAGAAUAAACAGAAGAGGGGAAUAAAAUCAUACUGAACUCAAAAAAGAAAUCAACAUAUUUAAAUGCAAGCAGAAUGGCAUUGUGUAUGGUAAAAUCACAAAUAAGCUAUUCUCAUAGUUACGAACUGUAUGUAUCCUUUGUUUCGUUUCUCGUAAGGAAAUGGGAAUGCUUUCCCCACUGACAAAACUAAAGGAGAAUAUUUCCAAUACCAGCCUGUCUAUUGAUGCUCUUGUGUUUACAAAUUGUGUAUACUUUUAUUUCUUUGAUCUUAUUUUAAUUUUAUUUUUGGCAUAUUUCUUCAGGUCAUUUGCUUCAGUAAUAAAUGCAAUUGUUUUCAGAUAAUUGGUUUUCACCUUUUCAUGUAUUUGUACAUUGUAUAUAGUUCUACAGUAUUAGAGGGAGGCGUAUUGUUUGUCAUAUUUACAAUAUGUGUUGGUGCUCAUUUGAGAAAUAAAAUUUUCAAGUACUAAAA